ACCUCCCACCCUCUCCACCAGCUUGGCCGGAUAUUGGUGUCGGCGGCCGGAAGCGGAAGUGUGAGACGGUCGGGGCUCCCGGCUGCAGCCACUUUGACCGCCGGGAUGCUGUCGCUGGACUUUCUGGACGAUGUUCGGCGGAUGAAUAAGCGUGGUAGCAUGGAACCCGCCUUCCACAGAGGCGAUCUUCUGUUCUUGACCAACCGCGUCGAACAGCCGAUCAGAGUGGGGGAAAUCGUUGUCUUUAGGAUAGAAGGGAGAGAAAUCCCAAUCGUGCAUCGGGUCCUGAAAAUCCAUGAAAAACAAAACGGCGACAUCAAGUUUUUGACCAAAGGCGACAACAAUGCAGUUGAUGAUCGAGGCUUGUACAAACAAGGACAACACUGGCUGGAGAAGAAAGACGUGGUUGGAAGAACAAGAGGGUUUGUGCCCUACAUCGGAAUAGUAACCAUCCUAAUGAAUGAUUACCCUAAAUUCAAGUACACUGUCCUUUUCCUCUUGGGCUUGUUCGUCCUGGUCCAUCGAGAGUAGCCCAUCAGCAGCAGAGGCGAGGACCAACUCCUCCAAGUAGGCUGGGAUGUUGAAGUCCAUUUUGCUGCUUCAUGAUCCGGAUUUGGGCGGGUUUUUUUGUUUUGUUUCGUUUCGUUUUCUACGACUGCUGUGUCACGGGCAGGUUGAUCUCAGUAUUUUGAAAGAGUUUGUCACACUUUAGCAUUUUUUGUACCUCGGUGAAUUUUUAUAUUAAAAAAAAAAAAAAAAUUUUAAAGCCAAA